AUGCGAGGCAACGAUGGACGCGUCGAAGCGCUCAAAAAUGAUGACGGCGAAGAGUCUGCGGACGAAAGUUCAGACGCCAAGAAGCCAUACGCGUGCCAGUAUUGUGGCAAGACAUAUGUUAGCGAACAGAAGCUCAAACGCCAUAUAAGGGAUACCAGAUCCAAAUGUGCAAAGAGGCGCCUCGGGGUUAGCACGAGUGACAGCGUCUUUGCCUGUCCACGGUGCGAUGCCCAGAUGUCCAAGAAGUACUCUAUAGAGCGGCACAUCAAAGACUCAUGCUGGAAGAUUUGCGACGAAUGUUGCAAGGGCCAUAAGUCGACUUGCGAUGCCUAUUAUACCGACGACGCCUGUAAACAUUGCCUGCAGCAGGGACUUGCAUGUACCAAGCACAAAGAACAAGUGUCCGACUGCAACCCAGAGUUGCUCACAGAUACACCCACACAGCCGUACAAAUUAACUCCUAGAUCUUCUCGCGCUGGCACAGUUGCCAAGGACGACAAAGGUAAGCGUAAGGCCACCGACUCACCAGGUGCGAGUCCAAAGUCCAAGCCGGUCGCCAAGCGUGCAACUGCUGUUGCCAAGAAAGAGACGACUACAGCCACUGGACCAAGUCAGGAAGCUGGCCGUUUGUAUCCUCCAUUUGCGUCGCAGUCUGACCUUGAGAGGUCGCCCCAGUAUCAUAUGGAUAUCGAAGAGAACAUUGGCGGCUUGAGAUCCUCGACGCACCUACAAUCGCGCGAUCACGUUCCAACUACACUACACCCGCAGUCGACACUCAUGCCCCAGCACGUCCAGCGAGAUCAAGCCCGAGGACACCCAGUUCCGCAGCAGCAGGUUCCUAUACCACCCUUGAUACCCGGCCAACAAUACAAUGGUCGCGAUGUCAUGACUCCGCAGCAAGCUCUGGCUCGCUGGCCAAAUAUCCACAAUAGUUCUGGUCUUAUGACAUAUAUUGUGGGGCGAAAUGGAGAGGUCUUGAAUCAAUCUGCGAUAGAUGGUGAUGAGUUGCUCAAGAAGUUGAAUGCGCAACAGAGACGUAUCGCAGCCAUGGCAACUCGACACAACAACGGAGUGCGUGUGCCUGUACCGACUCGUCCAGCUCCACAGGCACCGGACGAACAUCGCACCCAGUUCAACCAUGUGCAUUCCCCUGAGUCUCGUUUGACGCGCUUCCGACCCAUCCAAUCCGCCAACUUCAAGGUGUAUGAGGAAGCUGCUCGUCGUAACAUUCGGCCCAACGAGUUCCUUGCAAGCGCGCCUGGAUCUCGCAUGCCUUCUCGUCAGACGUCGGCCCAGCCAGCCGCCGCCUUGCACUUGCCGACACAAGGGCAGCUUCAGGGAAUGAAUACGGCUGCUCCGGCUACGAAGGGACCGGUAGCUGGGGAGCUCACACAGCCAGUUUUCAUAUACCAAUACGCCCUAGGCGGCCCGGACGAUGACGUGCGAGAUCGUUACAUCAAGAUCGACUACAACAUGACCUUCAGCGAUGUUUAUGAUCCUGAGCGUCCCGACAUCAAACUCCGAGACAUGGACACCAUCAUGAUCAUGAAAGCCAAGUCCCGCCUCGCAUCCAUGAUCGAUAAUGGUCGCAGGGGGAUUGAAACUCCGCUAUCGCCAACUGGCUCGCAGGUUUCGGAAGAUAAUAUCGACAUUGUUGACGGCGAGACCCCGAUCUUCCAGAACGCCGGCACCAUUGCGAACUGGAACCGCAUCGUUGAGAGUAAGAUGAUGGAGUUGCGCAAUCAGGUCAACACCUUGACAUCUGAGAACCAGCGCCAGAAGACAGAGUUGGCUAGGCAGAACCAGAUGCUCGGUGAUAUGAUCAAGCGCAACGAUGCGUCUUUGCGGAGCAGUCAUCCACAGGCUACUGGUCGUGGUGUUCAUGCCUUCCCCUUCGUUGGUCAUUCAGCUGCAAACCUCCAUCCCGGCAUCCAACAUGGCCCAACUGUCCAGCGCAACGCGUUCAUGGAUCGUCUGGAAGCAGUCCGAGAACCCACCGUGCUAAACGAUUUGCGAAACCGCAUGCAGCAAUACCAGUUCCCGACUCAUCACCCUGGCAUGCAAGGUCGCCGGCCCACUUACGAUAGCGGCGAGCGUGAGGCGUUUCCGGACUUCCAGAGGAUUGGUGCGGCGACGACUCAACCUACACAGUUCGCUGCAUAUGGGAUGGGUGACGACAUGACUUCGUAUGUUCCUGUAUUGCAACAUAUACAGGGCGGGAGUGAUGAAAUGGACGCUCCGAUGGUGAAGGUUGAGGAUGUGGAAAUGGAGGAGUAG